ACCAAGGUCUACUCAUCAGCCUAUACCUCACAUCUUUUCUGGUUGUACGCAAUAUCGUCUAUUAUUAUUUGGACGUCGUGUGCUCCGAAAAAUAAAGACCAUGAAGAGUUCCAACUGAUAGUCUGAACAACCCCACGAACGAAACCCAACAAAAGCGGAAUCAUCGCUUUCGGAGGAAAAGUUUUGUGUAACAUCACCUGAUGUGUCAAGUGUGUCUUGUUGCAGUUUUGAAUUAUUCAAAGAAUGUCGAUGGCAUUUGAAUUGCGGCAAUGCCCUUGAUUUAGUCGUUGCGAAGAUUGAUAUUUAACGAGGAGAGAAUUAAAAGGCCUAUGAAUAGCCAUCAAAGAGUAUGAAUGACCGUUACUCGUCGACGGUUGCAUCGAUGCGAGAUUCUUCCCGAUAGCGGCGUCGAUCGCAGACGUCAGCGAUUGACGUCAUCAUCAUUAUCAUUGGCUUAAUAGUAACAACGAUUACACAUCGAAAUCAUGGAGAAGCAGGAGUUCUUCUUUGCGAAUCUACAAUAUCUGCCGAUCGCCGUUUUUAUCUCCUUACCUACAGUUUUCAUUUCAACAUAUGUAAUAGCUGUCUUACUAGGACAUGUGGAAGCUGGUUUUCCUUACAUUUCUGAUACAGCGACUUACGCACCAGAAAGUUCUAUCUUCUCUCAAAUUGUCAACCUGAUCACUAUUCUCAUGGGUUUUGCGAUCUAUAUAAGAUAUUCCCAAGUUAAGGAAUGCAUUAGCUCUGAUGAUUCACCUACAGAUUCUUUGCUUGCAAAAUGGAAUUACUGGGCUUUAAUUUUCGGCCUCAUGUCAACCGCCGGUCUAUCAAUUGUUGCAAACUUUCAAGAGACAUCAGUAAUAGUAGUUCAUCUUAUCGGUGCAUUUCUCUGUUUCGGAGGUGGUACCGCAUAUUUUUGGAGCCAGGCCGUAUGUUCAUUUUGCUUGUACCCAUCAGGGUGCUCGUUACGAGUUGCACAGCUUCGUACGGCAUUAUCGACCUUCUGUACCGUGUGCUUCAUUGUGAUCGUCAUCACAGGCGUAUUGGCUCAUUCGGCCUAUAAGGGAACAAAUCCCCGGAAAUGGAAUAAGGAGGAUGGCGGCUGGGAGUUGCAUGUGGUUAGCACCAUAACUGAAUGGCUUUGUGCAAUAGCGUUUUGCACUUAUAUCUUAACAUUCACGGAAGAAUUUAGGGAUAUCAGAAUAAUUCCUCCAAAGUAAUUCUUGUAAAUAAUACAUUUUAAUGCAGCAAAAAAUGUUUUAUGCAGAGGCGCCGGCUAUGUCAAUCUUCUCUCGCAUUUGCCGGUUGACACACCUUGUCCCGGCUAUCGGUACCGCGAAUCCAGAGACAAUUUGCUGGACGAAGCGGCACCGCUGGUGGCUACAACACCGCCAGCGCUGCACGACAACGCCGAGAGAAAUUCCGACGUCCUCUGCCCGGUAGAAAUACAUGUACAUGAUCCUACAAUACGUGAACGACGACGACGUUCCAUAAACCAUCAUACCGAGAAGCGACACCGAAGAACCGAUGUCGAGGACGGUUCGAAGAAAUGGAUCGAUCUCGACGAUAAUGUACUGGACGGUUAUAUCUUAAUCGACGACAGAAAUCUUGGUCCUUCAGUUCCCGAGAUUGAUGGUGAGGAAUUGCCAUAUCCUAAGGAUGCUACGGAAUACGAUGAUGACGAUGAUGAAGACGAUGGUAAUCAGGACGAAGAUACUGAUAGUCAAGGCAGAUUCAAAUGGUCGAUAUACAAUCGAUCAAAGGGGAUUAAUUCAAAACGAUACCAGUCUGAUUUCGAUUUUGGUAUGACAUAUCCGCUCGCGAAUAGUCAUGGAAAUGCCUAUCAAGAUUCGAGCAGUCACAGUAAGUACGCGGAACUGUAUUCGAAACAUCAAAGUGCUAGGAAUAAUCUUGAAAUGGCUCGCGAUCUUGAUACGUCAUCGUACAUAGUAGCAAACAGUCAUGGCGAACAUGGUAAUCCUGCAGUAGAUAUACGAGAUCGAGGUUAUAACGAGAGCUCGAACGAUAAUCUGGCGUGGGAUACAUCAACGGAUAUGAAUUACGAGAUAGCCAAUAGUCACAGCAAUUAUCGUGUAUUCUACGACAGUCAAACGCAGCAUCAAGCUAUGAUGCCUCUCUGGUCUUCAGAACUAUGGUCGGAAAAUCGCCGCGAAGAGUCUCACGUUACACAGGAAGAAUCUAAGGAUAAUACCACGAAAAAGCAGGAUAAUGAGGCAAGCAUGAAUCAAUCAGAAAAGAAAGACGAACCGGAUUCCGAGACUACCUGCGAUAUCGAACAAUGUUUGGUACAAAUCGAGGAAAGUCUUUUAAAUAUUGAACAAAAUCUCCUUCAUGUUCAAGAUUUGGACAUUCCGGAGUUGCGGAAUUUACUCUACAAGAGUCCAAGUAUCGAACGAAGCCUUUAUGAGGUACAGGAUCUCCUCCAUGCCGAUGGCAUUGUUCCGGUCAUUCCCAGGAAUAAAUCCAUGUCUCUCGAUUCGGAUGAAGAGGAGGAAAACGAAGAGGAGGAAGAAGUAGAAGAAGAGGAAAUCUGGGUAGGUCAGAAUAUAACGAUCAAGGAUAACGACAAUGAAGACGGAAACGCGGGCGCUCCUGUCGUAAAUAACUCCAAUGAGGAAUGCUCGAAUAUAAUCAACGUUGACCAACAUAAUCCCUCAAGAUCGGAUGAUGAUCAUUGUAUCGAUAAAUCAAACGUUUUAAUAGAAGAGGAAAAGGACUCGAAUUCUCAGAUAUGUUCAAAGAAGAACUUCGUGCUCAAUAGUCUUGGCAAAACUCUACCAAGAAAAAUCGCCCUAGAUAAAGUUAAAGAAAAUAUUAGGUUGUGCUCGUCAGAACCAGAAGAACCCGCAACUACAAUCGAUUAUAACUUGAAUAGCGCAUACGUUGAAAAGAAAUCCCUCUUCCGCGACAAGUGGCAUAGCAGGGCAAGCUCUUUGGACGAGAACUCGAUCUUCCAGAAUUCGGAGCUCGGUGUUAAGCAAGAGAACGACAAGCCCUCGUUACAAGACGUCUUCCUCAUGGCCACGGGGUCUCGUCGCUUAGCAGUCAAUGCGAAAGCACUAUCGGAAGGUACCUUGCAAGCCAAUAAAAGAAAACGACAUGACAGAAGAGGAUCCCAUGAGGAGAAAUUUCUACAGGCCGUUGAAGCAACAGCGGCAGACUUUCGGAAAAAACUCGAGAGUUUUGCGUCGCAGCGACGAUCCAUUCUGCACAAACAGAAGAAGAUGACGCCGAAAUUAGCCAAGGAAGUUUCAGACAAUGUGACAUCACAAUCGAAAGAAAACUCGCCCACGAAACCGAAGCGGGUAACGACAGCUAAAAUACAGGACAAAGACAAUGGCGCCGAUAAAAAUACCAGUUGCGAUAAGCGAAAGAGGAAAAAAAUGUCGGGGAAAAAUCAAGGUGCCUCGGAGAAUGCUUUGGUCCCCAGCAAACUGAUCUCACUCUCGUUAUCGUUGCUCCUCGCGGCCCUCCUUCAAGCGGUCAGAUGCUUGACGGACCUCGUCGAAGAUGCCUUUAGGUCGGUCAGUUACGACAAAAGCGGAUUGCUGCAGUAAACUACAUAAUAAAUAUCGGACAAUGCAUGUCUCGAUUAUAUCGUAAACGUCACCGGUGGAUAUCUAAGUGAUGUUUAACGACAAUUAAUCAUGUCACCAAUAAACCUCGUAAUUAUUUAAGAACAUGAUAUCUGUGAUAAACACUAUGCUUAGGAAUCUUGACGGAACUUGCAUUAACCUCUGCUUCCAAAAUAUCGAAAUUGACGAAGUUCAUCUUGUUGAACAAAUUGAAACUGAUUUUAAAGAACUUAUAAAGAUAACAUGCUGUGAAGGUGAUUGUAUGACGAGCAAAAGUUAAUCUCAACAGUUGCUCUUUCUCUUUGAAAUAUAAGAUUAAUAGAUAGAUACAACGAAGCAAACUACAAUAUAGUGCGUAAUAAAUCUGAAUAACUCGAUGGUGCUGAAUACGGGCUAAGCGUGUGAACGAUAUCUUAGUAUUACGUAUGUAUGGUCAAAAGUGCCUGAAACCCAUCGCGUAUCAUAUACGAGGUGUAAUACAUGAUACUAUUAAUAACGCUAUUUACAUCUACCUACAUAAAUCUCUUUUUUCAAGUUGUAAGAGCAUUGAGAGAAAAUAAAGUGGAGCGAAAAGAUGAAAUGCUUGAAACGUAAAAGCGUAAGUCGCUUUUCCCUGCUUCAUCCAUCCCCUUUCUUU